AUGGAACCUUUUGAAGAAUUGUAUGGACGACCUUGUAGAUCUCCAGUAUGUUGGACCAAGAUCGGUGAACGAAGCAUUUUUGGACCUGACUUGGUACGAGAGACGACUAAAAAGGUUCAAUUAAUCCAACAGAGGUUACUGACAGCUCAUAGUCGUCAGAAGAGUUAUGCGGACAAGAGACGUCGACCUUUAGAGUUCAUUGUGGGUGAUUUUUUGUUACUUAAAGUGAGCCCGAAUAGAGGUGUUAAGCGUUUUGGUAAGAAAGGAAAGUUAUCACCACGAUACAUUGGGCUUUUCCAGAUUAUUCGGCGUGUUGGUGCAGUAUCUUAUCAGUUGGAGUUACCUCAGCGAUUUGAGCAUGUCCAUGACACUUUUCAUGUGUCAAUGUUGCGGAAGUACGAGAGGGAUCCGUCUUAUGCUAUCGACCCUUCAAAUAUUAUUGCUUGGGAAGAUUUGGAAAUCCAAGAGGAUGCUACGUACGUGGAGCGAUCGGUUCGAAUUUUGGACUUUAAGGAGCAUGUGCUUCGCACUAAGACCAUCCCUAUGGUUAAGGUGCAGUGGCAACGUCGCCAUGUUGAGGAAGCAACGUGA